CAGGUGUUGAAUGUCUGAAGGAUUACAGCAAAGUUAUGUAUCUAAGCUGACCUGAUCUGACAGGAGGGAUUAUAUAAACACUUUUCAGUCCCCUCCUCCUAAAUAAGAGCUUGUCGGGACUUGGAAUUAAGCAUCAGUUAUGGCAGGCCUUUAUUUGUGAGACUACUAUCUCUGUGGAUCCACUGCACGACAUCAGUGCCUUUGAAAAAUCGGACACCUCUGGUUUAUAUAAAGGAUCAAAUGUGGGAUUAAUAUGAUAAUAAAGUUAUAAUAAAGCAUUUUAAUGUCAGAGUUAUUAAAAUAGCUGAUGAGUUUAUCCAGGACAUUCACAGAAAUACAGUGGCUUCCCCCAUAGCACGACCUAACAAGAGUUUAGAGUCUGGUAAUAGCUUGAGUACGUUGUCUUUGUGUAUUUCCAUCCAGUCUUUAAAUAGAGCUGAUAGGAUUAGACCUCUUGUGUAAGGAGGCUGCGGUCUGGCAAGGACACUCUGUCUAUACAUUGAACUCGUUCCACUGAAGUGCUCUCAUGGUAUUUUAAGGUGGUGGGUUUGUUAUUAGAAAGGAUAAAUCUGGAGAAUGUGUGGUCAUUUUUAAGCAACUGGGGAAGUAUCACAACACCUCGAGGUGUUGAGCUUGAACUUUUUCAUAGCAGUUUUAUUGUGGCGAGCAGAAGCGAGGCCCGGCUGUUCUUUGCAAUUGCUUUCUGCGAUUCGUUUUUGAAGGACUUUUGAUGUUUAGAAGUCUGAUUUUGCACAAACCUUUGAGCUAUGGGAGUGCCUAACUCCAGGGAAUACCAUUACUACCACGCUCCAAGCGCACCUUUUAAGAUCAUAGUAAAAACACGUAAUGAGCCUCUCAAGAAGGAGCGUCCUAAAUGGAAGAGUGAGUACCCCAUGACAGAAGGACAGCUCAGGAGCAAGAGGGAUGAGUUUUGGGAUACAGCUCCAGCCUUUGACGGACGGAAAGAGAUUUGGGAUGCACUCAGAGCUGCUGCGCUGGCUGUGGAGUGCAAUGACCUGGAGCUGGCACAGGCAAUAGUGGAUGGAGCCUGCAUUACUCUGCCGCACGGUUCUCUCACAGAAAGCUACGAUGAACUGGGCAACCGUUACCAGCUCCCGGCGUACACCUUAGCACCACCUGUUAAUCUCAUCACUGAGACAUCCAGCGAAUGCAAAGCGUCUGAUUGCACACAAAAACAAGCUCAGGCCUCACCAUCCAGAGAGGAUUUCCAGCUCCGGGUGCGAUUAUCAACAGGAAAAGAUGUGCGUCUCACAGCAAGCAUGGCUGACUCUAUUGCUGAACUGAAGAAGCAGCUGGAAGAACGGGAGGACAUUGAAGUGACCCGUCAAAGGUGGUUCUUCUCCGGCAAGCUGCUCACUGACAAGACUCGACUCCAAGAUGCAAAGAUUCAGAAAGAUUUCGUCGUCCAAGUAAUUGUGAACAUAAACCCAUCUGUUAUAACUAACUAAAGGAAAACAAAACAUCAAGUAAAGGAAUGAUUUAAAUCACAGAAGGAAGUGCAGAUGGGGCUGCAGGGAUAGGAGUAGGGUCUGACAUGAGUAUCCAGCUGGAAUUUUAUGUACAAUUUUAUAUAAAUAUAUAUAUGUAAGUUAUUGCUUUUAUAUUGCUCCUUUUUGUAUUUAUCCCUUUAUUUUUUCCCAAACAAAGUAAAAUGAUGAAAAAGCACUGAAACACUUUAGAUUACAGGGGUAUCCCUAAUAUUGUCAUCCCAGCGUCUGUUUCUUUGUUUUUGACAUGGGUUCCUCUCUUCCUCAUUGCUGUUCUUGUUUAUUGAUGAAUGAAGCACUUUGGCCAGGGGUUCGAAUAAGGAAAAUCCACUUUUUUUUUCUUUUUUGAAAAGUAGACUGUAUACAAACUUUUUACAAUAAAAUAUAUUUUGUUUGUUAUUUAAGGUACUGUGUACAAUACAUAGUCACGAUGAAGUCGCGAUGAAAGCACCUUUCUAAAGAGAAUCAAGAUGUGAAAACUGUUCAGCAAAUAGUAGUUUAAUGUAAAAUAAAAGAAGCUGUUCUCUGGAUUUGAAUAAAUCUUCAAAACAGA